AUGCAGAUACAACAAAUAGAGACAAGGGAUGGGUUUCAUACAGCUGAAGCAUUGACAGAUACAAGUUUUGCUUCUGCUGCUGCUGCUGCUGCUGCUGCUGCUGCAACGGGAGCAGAAGCUGCUGCUGCUGCUGCAGCAGCAGCAGCAGCAGAGGAAGCAAACGUUGAUGCUGGAUUUCAACAGGACGCUGCUGCUGCUGCUGCUGUUGCUGAAGCAGCUGCAGCAGCACCAGAAGAAGAUGCUGCAGCAGCAACAGCAGCAGCAGCAGCAGCAGCAGCAGCAGCAGCCGUUUCAGGUUGUGCUGCUGGUGUCUGA